UGUCCCAUCCCAAGACCUUGAAGAUGAAAAGUUAUCAAAAGCUUGAGUUUUCCUCAAUGCGUGUGACCGUGGGAUGGCAAAGGGUUUCAUUCAAUCAAUGCACAAAUAAUCUGCGAUGCAACUAUGUCUCUGUUAAACGUUGUUGCCCGGUGGCCUGGAGGAACGCACGACUCAUUCAUUCUGCAGAACAGCUCUGUGGGUGUGCACCUCCAAGCAGGAGCUGUUGAGGAUGGCUGGCUUAUUGGUGAGUGUUACAACAUUUCGAAAUUAUUUUCUGGGCUUCGCAUGGUUUAUUAAAACAUCUCUAUAGGUGAUCGGGGAUAUCCACUAAAGCCAUGGCUGAUGACCCCCGUGGCCAACCCGAGGACCCCACAGGAGCAGCACUACAACCGGGCCCAUGCGCGUUCAAGAACAGUUGUUGAACGCGCAAUAGGCCUGCUAAAAGGCAGGUGGCUGUGCCUGUCCAGCGCAGGGGGGACACUUCAGUAUAAGCCUGAAAAAGUCUGCCACAUCAUCUUGGCUUGCUGUGUGCUUCAUAACUUAGCCAUCAGACAAGGCGUCCCUCUGCAGGAACCCCCCAGAGCAGACGAGCCCAUGCCCAACGCAGAGCCUUUCCCACCCCCUAAUGCCGCUGCCAUUCAAACAAGAGAGAGGAUCAUACAGAGAUUUUGGCACUGCUUCCGUCAGCACCCUCGCCCCCCCAGGACACACCGAAUGGGUUUUGGAUGGCCCCGGCUGCUCCUGUUCCUCCAACUCCCCCAGCUCCUCCACCGCCUCCGGCUCCUGAGGGCAGGCGGGACUGGCUUGAGUUUCUGAGUUAUUGAAGAAACAUCACAU